AUGGGGAAGUCGUUUGCUAAUUUCAUGUGCAAGAAGGACUUUCACCCUGCGUCGAAGUCAAACAUCAAAAAGGUAUGGAUAGCAGAACAGAAACUCAACUUCGAGAAGACGAAGCAAGAAGAUCUUAUGCAGGCGUACAUGAAAGAGCAGGAUUCUUACAACAACAGGUUGUUGAUGGGGGAUGAUCGUGUCAAGAAUGGCCUCAAUUUCAUGUACGAGGCUCCACCUGGAGCAUCCAAAGAGGAAACAAAAGAGGAGGGGGAAGAAGAGUACAAAUUUGAGUGGCAGAAGUCGGCUCCUCGAGAGAAAUAUGCGAAGGAUGACAUGAAUAUUAGAGAUCAGCCAUUUGGAAUCCAGGUGCGCAACGUGCGAUGCAUCAAAUGUCACAAAUGGGGCCAUGUGAACACAGACAGAGAGUGUCCUCUCUACGGGCUGUCGGGUAUCAACGCCAGCUCUGUGGCCUCGGAGGAGGCAGCAGGUCCGUCGAUGCACCCCUCUGAGUUAAUGGCGGAGAUGCGAAACAGUGGGUUUGCCCUGAAAAAAUGUGUCCUUGGUAGGAAUGCUACUGUUUGUGAUCCAUCGCAGGAAUAUGUUGCCAGCGAGGAAGAGGAGGAUCCCGAGGUGGAAUUUCUGAAGUCAUUAACGACCAAGCAAAAACAGAAGCUCCUUGGAAAACUUGAUCGCCUGGAAAGGCAGAAGGCCAAAAAGAAGAAGAGCAAAAAGCAGAAGAAGAAGAGCAAAAGAAAACAGAAGAAAAAGCAUGAAAGUAGUGACAGCUCGAGUGACUCCUCCAAUAGCAGCAGCAGUAGCAGCAGUGAUAGUGGCUCCGAUUCAGACAGCCAUGGCAAGUUCAAGAGCCAAAAGAGAAAGAAGAACAAGAAAAAAGAUUCCUGUCGGGAUAACAGCUCUAAGAGCGAGCGGCGAGUCAAGAGUCAGAGAAAGGCCUCCUCUCACAGAAGCAGGUCACGGAGCCCUCACACCGGACAGAAGCGGCGUGAAGAGGAGUCCGGAGAUUAUAGACAAACAAGGACAGAGAGGGGAAGGAGCAGGAGUGGAAAUCGCAGCCCGGAGAACAAGAUCAAGCUGGAGGGAGGUCAAGAGAGAAAGAGAUACAACAGCAGGGACAGGCAGGGACCUAGCAGCUCCAAGUCUGGCUUGGACAGAAGUAGGAGCCGCGAGAAAGGCAGGGAGGACAGAGGUAAAGACGGGCGUCACAGUAGAGAUGGGGAGAGGAACAGAAGUAGCACAGAUGGAAGGAGAGGCAGAACAGCAGAUGGGAGGAGCAGAAGCAGGGAAAGGCGGAAGGAGAGGGAGGGCAAGGGAAGAAGUAGGAGUAGGGAGAGAAGAGAGAGGAGCCAAGACAGAGUAAAAAGAAAGCACUGACUUGUUUGUGUUUCUGUCCCUCUUACAAUAUACUGGUAUAUAGUCUUCUUGGUAAUCAAAGUGUCCCUCUAUUUAAACAGAUAUUGUGCAGUAGGUCUCAUUUUUCUCCAGUAGAGGGAAGCAGUGGACAGAGAAUAUGUGGCUGCCGCUCAUUGCACCCAUGUGUUGUCUUGUACUGUAUGAAAGGCUCUGAAUUAAUUGAUUACCAUUGGAAGCAAUUAGCAGCUAUGAUCCGUUGAUGGGAAAAUAUUGGACUCAUUUUAAUGGUCAGUGAACCGCUGGAAAGACCAUUUCUGUCGCUGCAGUUUUUUUUCAUUAUUGUGUCUUUUUGGAUAUAUAUCCACAUUUUAAGAUGUAAUGCUUAGACGGCUGUUGAUUCCUAACAAAAAAAAAAUCUGGACUUUUUAUUUCUGAUUAAAAUUUUAAUCAUCUCAA